ACAUUACGUAGAGGGCAUUGGGACUUUGGGAGUGCGACAAAAGCAAAUCAAAUCUCAUAAGAGGGUUUUAGAUCUUUUCCUCUUCCGCCUCUCAUACGAAGAGAGAGAGAGAGAGAGAGAGAGCGAAGGCAAUCCAAAGGUGAUUAUAAUAUGUACAACGGAAUAGGGUUACAGACUCCGAGAGGGUCCGGAACCAAUGGCUAUAUCCAGACGAACAAGUUCUUCAUCAAAUCCAAGACCGGCAAGGUCGCCGCCGAGAACUCCAGAGGCUUCGAGGGCGACCAGGGCAUGGCCGGCGUCUCCAAGAAGCCCAACAGAGACAUCCUUGAGCAUGAUCGCAAGCGCCAGAUUGAGCUCAAGCUUGUCGUCCUCGAGGACAAGCUCACCGAUCAGGGUUUCACCGACGCUGAGAUUGCUGACAAGCUCGCCCAGGCCAGGACGACUCUCGAAGCCGCCGCCGCCUCCGAGGACAUGGGUGGACCCACUGCCUUUGUUCUUCUUGGGGAUAACAAGGUUUCAGAUACACAGACCCACCAAAUUGCUGCUAGGAAGCAGAAGCAGAUGGACAACUUAAGAGAUGCUUUGAAACUAAAACCUGAAGCUACAGAAACAAAUACUGAGGAGAUCGAGGAUGGACUAAUCAUUAGUACGAAGAAUGAUGGUAGCAGGCAUUAUGAGAGGAAAGAGCAUUCGUUUUUGGACAGAGAAUCUGGGUGGAAGAAAUCUGUGGAGGAUAAGCACAAGGUUGAGAAAGAUAAGAAAAAGAGCGUUAAAGAAUCUAGGAGGAACAAAAAGAAAGAAAGUAGGAAGAGAAGGCAUAAGGAUGAUUCUUCUGAUACAGAUAGCAGUGGUAGCCCUCUGAAACCUGAUAAAAAGAAAAAGCGUCGGAGUACAAGUAGCAGCAGUGAAGAAGAUGAUUCUGAUGUUGAUACAUCGAAAAAGGAAGUUGAGAAAUACAAAAAACGGCAGAAGAGGUACGAUUCAGAAGAAGAUGAUUCUGAAGUUGAUGUUGACAAGAAGUGGAAGGUUGUAAAGAAGCAUAGUAAAAGCCGAAACAAUAACACUGAUGAUUCUGAUACCAGUGAUGAUGCGGAGGCCAGAUCCAGGAAGGAAAUUAAGAAAUCCAAACAACCUCGUAGGAGGCAUGAUUCAGAUGAAGAUGAUUCUGAAGAUGAUGUUGACAAGAAGAGGAAGGUUGUAGUGAAGCAUAGUAAGACUAGAAACGAUGAUACUGAUGAUUCUGCUUCCAGUGAAGAUGCCGAGGAUAGAUCCACAAAGGAAGUCAAGAAAUCCAAACAACCUCGUAGGAGGCAUGAUUCAGAUGAAGAUGGUUCUGAAGAUGAUGUUGACAAGAAGAGGAAGGUUGUAAAGAAGCAUAGUAAAAGCAGAAACGAUGAUAUUGAUGAUUCUGCUGCCAGUGAAGAUGCCGAGGAUAGAUCCACAAAGGAAGCCAAGAAAUUCCAACAACCUCGUAGGAGGCAUGAUUCAGAUGAUGAUUCUGGUUAUCCUGAAGAACUGCCAAAGAGCAGAACUGAAAAGGGCAAACAACAUGUGAAACCAAACAAAAGGCAUGACCCUGGGGAUGAGUCUGAUUUUGACAGCAGAAUGGAAAGGAAAAGUAGCCAAGUUGAGCAGCAAAGGAAUCAGCAGGUCAGCCGCAGGGUAGAUCGAGAUGAUUUUGAUGUCGAGCAAGCCGACAAUGGAAAAAGCAGAAACUUGUAUGAUAGUGAUUCUGACUAUGAAAGAUCCAGAAAAAGUAGAGGUGCAAUGACAGAAAAGAGUAGAAGAAGUGGCAGGAAUGAUACUAAUGAUGAUGAUACUAAUAUUGGGAGGAAACCCGGAAGGGUUGAAGAGGGUGAUGGAGGACGUGGAAGGCACAACAAGGGUGAAAUGCAAAGAGGAAGGAAGAAUGAAAGAGAUGAAGAGGAUCAUGAUUAUAGAAGGCCCAGGGAAGGUCUAUUACAGGAGCUUGGAAAUAGAAAGCGUGGUACUAGAGAGGAAGAAGGGGCAAAUGAGGAUAUUGAGAGGGAUAGACAUAUGGAUUACAAGAGAGCAAAAUACGAUGAGUCUAGAUCAAGUGAGAGGAGAAGGCAUGAAACUGACAGACAUAAUGAAGAGGAGCAUAAGUCUAGAAGGCAUGGAGAAGAUGAAGGGGAGCGUAGAAACAGAAGACAUGGAAAAUUGGAGGAACAACAGAGAAAUAAGGAGAUUGAGAGAGAUAGACAGGAUUCCAGAUCAAGUGAGAGAAGAAGGUAUGAGAAUGUCAAGCACAAUGACGGUCGGUCCAGGCAUCGUGACUGAUUCUAUGUUGUUGCAGGUUACAUGGCCUCAAAGCUUUCGUAACUGAAUCAAAUCGUGUACUGUUGAGAGCUGCACUCUGUGCCCCUGGUGACAGAGAUGGAGUUGUGGAUGAGUGUAUCGUUGGCAUGUUGAAUUCUACUGUUUAUCUUGGGUCUGUACGAGAUCAUGUACUACAGUUUAAAAUCACAUUGUGUGAGGUGGUCUUUUAAUAUUUUUGUCGGCCAUCUGAUCUAGGCCUGGAAUGCGUUGAUAACUAUAAUUUGUAUGAGUAAAUGAUGAAUCACUGACGCUGGAGAUUAUGUAUUAGUUUGUUUUGUUUGUUAUGAGAUUGCCGAGGAGAAUUAUCUUCUGUCCGGAAAUUCCUGAA